GAGGGCGCUGCAGGUAAGAUACAUCUGCCUCAAAAAGAAGAAAAUAAGCUCAGCCUGAUGUGAACCGCUUCAGGAUGCCUGGGAUCUAGUCAUCGGUCCUCGAGUUAAUGUCAUCCAUUUACUGGUAAGUGCAGAUGAUUCAGCUUCUCUGGUCUCGUGUUAUUCGCACAACAAAUCUGUUUGGGGGACAGGGAAAUGGCUUCAGCCGUAACAACUGGGUGACACCUCAGCGAGAUCAAAGGGGAUCAAAGUGCAUCAAAGAAGCUCACCUUACCAGCACUGACAUUUAGGCAAGUGGAGAUAAAAGCUCGACUUCAAAAGAUAUACAGCGAUUCAAACGCGCACGGCGCUUGUCAGGUGUCCAAUGGCGCAUCUCUCGCACACACGCACACACACACAAACAUCCUCACACUCAAACGAAAGCUACGUGACCAGCAGAUGACGUCCAAGUGCAAAGAAGUCUUCAUUAGACACAGUAAACGGGUUCACUUCCAUCCUGGACGUCAGCACCUGUGUUCCUCAGCAUAUCGGAAACAACAAUAAGAAAUAACAUUUUAAAAAUCGAGCACAAAUAGGAUUCAGUUUCACUUCUCAAGAGCAAAUUAAGAGAUUUGACAUCACAGCUUAAUUUAGCUACUUUUGGAAUUAAUUCAAGAAAACCUAUUUAGUCGGACAAGGGGGCAGUGUGUAUGUGUGUGUGUGUGGGGGUGGUGAAUUGAAGUCCAACACCCACUUUUUAAGACUUAUUUUGGAAUAUUUCAGGACGUGUUGGUCCCCUCGGAGUGGACAUUUCCUACAGCGGAGGAGCCCAAAGGGUCAGAGAGAGCGAGGCAGAUUAGAGAUGCCUUUAAUCUCAAAGUGCCAGUCGACCCUGAAAGGCCUCUCCACGGAAGGCCAUUAAUUCGGUAAACUUUUCACACCCCUUAAUGGUCUGCAUAUCCCGCACAUUGAUGUCCGCCACUGGUGUAAUCAAGCACACUUGGAGGAUAAUUGCCCCCUUGGCAAUCAGAAGGAUCAAAUGAAGUCGAGCCAGUUCAUCGACGCGAGUAACUUCAAUCACUGUCUUCACACAGCCAAAGGGGAGCAGGCUGCUUGAAUGUCAAAGAAACUACAGGAACCCAACAGCUUUAAAGAAGUGGAACAGAGCGCAUGAAGAAAAGAAACCAUCCAUCGUUAGUUUGGAGUUUCUGUCACAGCUAUACAGAGAAAUCACGUGUCAGAACAAUUGUGAUGCGAUAUUUUGCAACAUUUACGUUUUUUUGUUUUCGGUUAAUUUAGUCCGAAAGUCAUUCAAAUAUACUAUCUUUUUUUUUUUAAUGGUGAAAUGUCGGCUUCAAUGUUGUGGAAAAAAAACUAAUGAAACGUUUUCACUUGAAUAAGUGAUCUCAAAACAAAGGGGGCGGGGACUAUUUAUUAGUCUCAUGGACGUUUUAUUUUUGAAAUAAAAGCAACCAUAAUAUAUUAUAGGAGUUAACAAUGUGGUGAUAUCACAUUUAUUCUCCAACACUGCUCUUAGGUCACUGUUGGACCUGACACAAAAUAACCUUGUUUUAAUUAUUUCAUAUUUUCUCAUCUGCACCUGUAUUUAUUUUUCUCGCAGUGUGCGUAACUCAGUGGUCAUCCAGACGGUGUCAGUCAUUAUCAUUACACACACAUUGUGCGGGGAGAAUGCAUGGCCCACCGUCCAGUGGCUCUCUCUCUGAAAUUCCACCCCCUCCGCCUUUGUUGUGCACAGCGAGGGGCGGGAAGACAAACAGGUCUACAUAUAUAAAGAGAUGAUCCCUGGGCUGAGAGUCAGGAGGCUCCGAAAGCAUCGUGCCGACAACUCUCUGGAAACUUUGUGAUUCAGGAUUCAAGGGCCCUUUGGACUUUGACAGUCUUUUUUUGCAACUUUUACAGACGGGAUCUUUUUUUCUCUCUCCGUGUUUUGGCAUCGCAGUAUAAUUUAACAGGAGAACCAUGCAGUUACCCACGGCGCGUCGCUUCUUGGCAGUGUGUCUCACGCUGUUUGGAUACCUUGGGGACGUUUACGCGGGGGCAGUCCUGGUGAACUCCAACGCCAUCAAAAGCCUUCCCGGUGCUUCCGGUGUCAAAGGCGCCGAAACCGUCAGUCCGAGUCCGCGCACCUCACUCUCCGGUCGCGCGGGACACAAAGUACCCGUGGACACCUUGCAGCAGUCAGGUAUUUGCACGGAUGAUGAAGACUGUGAAGGUGAUGGAUUCUGCAACGACGCCCGCGGCGCCUGUCUGCCCUGCCGGAAGAGCAGGAAGCGUUGCGCACGGGACUCCAUGUGUUGCGCAGGAAACCGCUGCAGCAACGGUGUUUGCCAGGCAAAUGACAUCGAUGGCAUGGACGCAUUCAUCAUCACCGGCUGGCACAAACACAACACCACGAUGGAGCAUCAUGCCAAGAAGUCUCAUACUUCCCACAGCAAUCAGCCUCAUGCUGCAAAAGGCCAGGAGGGGGAUACUUGCCUGAGAUCCGCUGACUGCUCUGAGAGUCUGUGCUGCGCCAGACACUUCUGGUCUCGCAUCUGUAAGCCUGUGCUGUCAGAGGGCCAGGUGUGCACACGCCACCGCAGGAAAGGCACCCACGGAUUGGAGCUGUUCCAGCGCUGUGACUGCGGCGACGGUCUGGCCUGCCGACCAGAGAGAGGGGAGCGAGACCGCAGUGUCAGCAGGACGGCAGCCCGGAACCUACACACCUGUCAGAGACGCUGACACCAACGCAUGCACACAGAGACAGAAAUACACACUCCAACACACACACACACACAUAUCCAGCAAAUCAGUCACAGACACUGACACACACUUUUCAGCCUUCCACACACCAGAGAUGCUGACACACACAUACACACACAUAUAGACACCCAACACCUAAGACAAUCCUUCCUGCCAUAGUUGCUGACACAAACAGCACCCGGAAGGGUAAAUGGUUCCUGGGAAAGUGAUCCACCCAGAGGGACGCAACAGUGCAAGAUGGACUGAUCCAAUUCCCCAUCAACAAAUGAGGAGUUGGAAGUUAGGAAGUGACAUUUCAGAAGUCUUGGGAGGAUCGAUACAAGUCGUCGGUAAUGGCAGAGCUGUUUUGUUUCUCUUUUUAUGGAACUUCAAGCCUCGGUUAUUGCAGUAAAUUACUGUGUUGUAAAUAUUAUCCUGAAAAUGGCACUUGAUUGAGCUAUUCAUUUUGUCAACACCAGUAUUAUAAAGACAUGGUGCUGCAUGCUUUGUAAAUGUGUUAUAUAUAUUGUUUUUAUAAGAAAAUGUUCUAAAUAGUAAAUUUGAAUAUAUUUGUUUGAUUAAACAUAAUGUGAUAACCAAC